AUGAGAAGCAGGCAUGUGCUGCUGAAGCUCCCCCGUCAUGAGGCCCUUCUGGAACUCCUGCUGGUGUUGUCGCUGGGGUUGCGUGUCCUCGCCGUGUGCCCCUCCUUGUGCUCCUGCAGCCGCAGCCACAGGGAGGUGGACUGCUCCUGGAGGGGUCUGAGACAGUUGCCCGAUGGCCUGCAGCACAACAUGCUCUCCCUCAACUUGUCCCACAACCGAUUUCACAACCUGGACGGCCAGCUCACCCCGUACACCCAUCUCCGCUUCCUCGAUUUGUCUCACAACCGGCUGAGCCACCUGCCCACCGGAUUGCCUCGUUCCCUCUGGCAUCUCCACGCCGCCUCCAACCGCCUCCAGUUGCUGGACAAGAAUGAUACGGUGUACCAGUGGAAUCUGCGUAUGCUUGACCUGUCCAACAACAGGCUGGAGCGGGCCAUCUUCAUCAAUAAUACACUGAUCAAUCUGUGCACACUCAACCUAAGUCGCAAUCACUUCUGGACUUUGCCUACCAACAUGCCUGCAAACCUGGAGACUAUUGACCUGUCCCACAACUUGCUUGUGAAGGUGCUGCCGGGCUCUCUGGACCGGCUCCUCAGGCUAACUUACUUCUAUCUGCAUGCUAACCGCUUCUCCACAAUGCCCGUUGGAGUGUUGGACAAGACGACAUCCCUGAGAGUCAUCACUCUGGGCGACAACCCAUGGGCCUGUCACCUUUACGCUGACAUCAGCUACUUACUCUCCUGGACCCAGCACACCUCUGCCCGCGUCCUGGGAUGCCCCUGCCACACCCAGCCUGUCUGUGGCGGGGUGCGCCCUGGCAGGACAGGAGGCUGGCACUUUGCCUCCUACAACCUGCCCCCCCUGGCAGCGAGUGCCCAGGACCUGAGCUCCAUCCCCCCUGAGGCCAGCGUCACCGGGUGGUGGUACUUGUCUGUUUCUGGUCUGCUGAGCACCCCACACACCCUGCCACCCAAAAGCACACACGUGAGUAUUAAUCACCUUUCAGCCACUGCUGGCCCGGAUGCUGCAGAGCGCAUGCUCCACACUGACUCUCAUCUCAUCUCUGGCACACAGGAAGCCUCAUCCACUGACUCCCUCCACACCGCCGACACAUCCCCGUUUUCUGACUCAAGCUUCAUUACCGAAACACCCAUCAGGCCUGACGUGACGCUGGCCACGGACCGAUUCUUUACAACAGAGAGCGCCUCCAUCCAAACAAAGAAGACGACCACUCUUCGCACCAGGAGCGUGAGGAGGCAGAAUCAGUCCGUUCCCAGUGGCAGUGAAGGCAGCCCGGCUCUUGCUGCCUGCUCCUGGAUCCCUCUCCUACACAACCUGGGGUUUCUGUCUUUCCUCCUGCAACAAGUCCUCUGA